AUGACGGUAGCCUCGCAUACUGGUUCAGCAGAAGGACCCAUUGAAGAAAGUGAAGUGCCUUCACUGGAAGACAUUCCUAAGCUAACCAAAGAUAACUAUGGGAGUUGGAAAGUUAAGAUAGAAAAGUACUUGAGGAGAGAAAGACUCUGGGGUUUUGUUGAAGAAACAAUACCUAAACCCCUUGAUGAAGAUCCAGAAGUUUUGAUAGAAAAUGCUCCCUCAGAGUACCAGUUGUGGGUAGAAAAACAUGGACGAGUUCAAUCUGUUUUCAAACAUAAGUGUGGACCAUGGGCACUCCCAUAUAUUGAAGGAAAAGGCAGAGCUAGUUCUGUUUGGAGUCAAUUGGAGAUCAUGUUUAAGAAUGAUGAGAUAUCCCUAACAGCAACAGGAAUGUGCACAAAUUACACAUGGUGGCUGCCCUUGUACAGAGCUAUUGUAGAAGGUGAUUUAAAGACUGUCCUUCAGUUGGUAUCAAAAAAUGAGAGUGUUCUUACAGCCAGGCUCACAUCAGAAGGAGAGAUUCCUCUUCAUGUCGCAGCUCAACAUGGACGGAUUCAAAUUGUAGAGAAGAUGGUAGAGAAGAUGCCUGUAAAUGAACUCGCAAGAGCAGGAAAAUAUCGUAGAUCAGCACUUCAUAUUGCUGCCUCAGAUGGAAACUUAAAGAUUGUAAAGAUCUUGGUAGAAAAGCAUAAAGCUCUAGUGAUGCUCACCGGUGAAUACUAUGACAAUAACAUCCCAAUUACUGUUGCCGCUAGAGCUGGAUCAUAG